AUGAUAUUGUAUGGUUUCACAGUAAUAUCGUCGAUCGCCGAGCCCGUACUCGGAUGGAUAGAUAACGUUAAUGGACCGAUCGGCCUCAUGUUGGCGUGCGGUAAAGGCAUAACGCAGGUCACGCUGGCUCAUAAAGAUUCCACCCCGGACUUUAUGGCCGUCGACGUGUCGAUUAAGGCGAUGAUCGUGGCAGCUUAUCACCGUGGGAUACACAACUCGUCGUCGGACAAACCUUUGACGGUGUACAACUCAUCGUCGGUUAAGAAGUCGAUUACCAAUGGCCAAAUUAUGCAACUCGCGGUAAAGUAUUUUAUGUUGCAUCCGUUUGAUGAGAUUUUAUGGAGGCCAAGAAUUUUAAUUACGGGUUCAAAACGGCUUUUUUACUAUCUCACCAUUAUUCAGCAAGUUUUACCGGCUAUGCUCAUUGAUUUCGUUCUGAAGACAAUCGGAAAACCACAAACAGUUAACUUGGUAAAUUUGCAGCGAAAAAUAUAUAUAGCGACAAUGGCGUUGUCGAAUUUCACUUUGCAGACAUGGACGUUCAAAAACACAAAUUUCUUAAGUCUGCUCCCACACAUCCCGGAAGAUGAAAAAGACGAUUUCGAUUUCGACUUUAACGAUAUAAAUGUAGAAGAUACGUUUAUAACUUGCCUUACUGGAGCUCAAAAAUAUUUGUUCAAUACCAAUCCCAAUAAAAUAACUCAAGCGAGGAAGAAAAUGAAAAAAUUUCUUUGGAUCGACAGAGUUUGGAUAACACUGUUAAUUGUUUUUAUUGCGUACUGCUUAUAUUCAAUCAUAUCCUGGAGAUUUUGA